AUUGUCGGAGUUGUUUCAUAAUUCAUUCCUAAAGCCCAGAGGAAUAAGAUAAACCUCAUAUACAAACAUCUCAGAUCUCCUCUCCCCACGUCCAUAAAAGCGUGUACUCGUAUGGUCUUAGUGACCAUUUAAAUUUCUUAAUUCUUACAAUUACAGAAGCAGUGUCCUUUCUCUUAAUUUCGGACCGGAGAAGCUGGACAAUGGCGUCUUCAUCGUCAGUCCAUCAAUGGCAAUACGAUGUGUUUUUAAGUUUUAGAGGUGAGGACACUCGAAAAAACUUUACCGAUCAUCUAUAUUAUGCUUUAAUUGAGAAAGCAAUUUUUACAUUUAGAGAUGAUGAACAACUUGAGAGGGGAAAGGAAAUUUCUUCAGAGCUCUUCACGGCUAUCGAACAGUCAAGGUUUGCCAUCAUAGUAUUUUCAAAACACUAUGCUACUUCUACAUGGUGUUUGGAUGAACUUGCCAAGAUUGUUGACUGCAUGGAGGAUAAGGGGCAAACAGCUGUUCCAAUUUUUUACGACGUAGAUCCAUCAGAUGUAAGGAAACAGAGGGGAGAUUUCAAGGAAGCUUUUGAUAAACAUGAAGAAGAGAAUCAGAAGAAGGUGCAAACUUGGAGAUCAGCUCUCAAACGAGUGGCCAGUAUCUCUGGAUACCAUUUGCAGGAGAGGCAUGAAUCAGAAUUUAUCCAAGGUAUUGUUAGAGACCUAUCGAGAAAACUGGAUCAAGCAUUUCCAUCAUAUAUUACACGAGAUCUUGUUGGUAUGGAGUCUCGAGUGGAGAAAAUGAUGGCAUACAUAAAACCAGGAUUGAACGAUGUUCGCUUCAUUGGCAUCCGUGGAAUGGGAGGGAUAGGUAAAACUACAAUAGCUAAAAUUGUAUAUGAUAUGCUUUCAAAAGACUAUGAUUGUAGAUGCUUUCUUGCCAAUAUUAGAGAAGUCUAUGAUAAAAAAGGUCUGAAGCCUUUGCAAAAAACACUUCUACGUUCUCUCCUGCAUGAAAGAAAUUUAUAUGUGGGUAACAUUUUUGAUGGAAUCAACUUGAUUAGAAGACGUCUCUACCGGAAAAAGGUUUUUCUUGUUCUUGAUGACGUGGAUCAAUUGGAACAAUUGGAGAAUUUAGCUGGGGAGAGAGAAUGGUUUGGUUCUGGUAGUCGAAUCAUCAUUACAAGCAGAUAUAAACAUUUACUAUCAUCCCAUGUAACUGAAAACAUAUAUGAUGUUAAUGAGCUGACUUUCGAUGAAUCUCUUCGGCUGUUUCAUUUGAAAGCCUUUAAAACCUCACAAGCCACAAAUGAUCUUCGUGAGCUCGCGCAACAGGUGGUGAAUUACACGACAGGACUACCAUUAGCUAUUGUAGUUUUGGGAUCCCAUUUUUGUGGUAGAAGUAGUGUUGAGGUAUGGAAAAGUGCCUUGGAUAGACUACAACAGUAUCCAAAUAGAAAAAUUUUGGAAUCACUCAGAAUAAGUUAUGAUGGACUAGAGAAUGUGGAGAAGAACAUAUUUUUAGAUAUAGCAUGUUUUUUCAAAGGAAAGAAAAAAGAUCGAGUUAUUGAGAUACUAAAUAGUUGCAAUUUUUUUGCAAAUAUUGGAAUACAAGAACUGAUUGACAAAUCUUUGAUAACUAUUACUUCAAGGAACGAAUUAUGGAUGCAUCACUUAUUGCAAGAAAUGGGCUGGGAGAUUGUUCGUGAACAACACUAUAAUGACCCUGGCAAAUGGAGUAGGUUAUGGGUAUAUAAGGACAUCUGCCAAGUUUUGACAAAAAUAAGGGGAACACAAGCAAUUGAAGGUAUAAUGGUCGAUAUGCGUGGACGAGAAAUCAUGCGCCUGCAUGGUAAAUCUUUUUCAGCCAUGACCAAUUUAAGGUUACUCAAAAUCAGUAAUGUUCAUCUUUCCGAGAACCUCGAAUUUCUCUCAAGUGAGUUACGUUUUUUUAAAUGGAAUGGAUACCCUUUAAAGUCCUUGCCCUUAUGUUUCCACCCGGAGAAUCUCUUUGAACUAAAUAUGUGCAACAGCUCCAUUGAAUAUCUUUGGGAGGGCAUGAAGUCCUUUUUGGAGUUGAAAACCAUUAAUCUCAGUCACUCCUGCAACCUGAUAACAACUCCAGACUUUACUGGGGUUCCAAAUCUUGAGAGGCUGUAUCUUGAAGGCUGUACGAAAUUGCGUAAGGUUCAUCCAUCUGUUGCAGUUCUCACAAAGCUAACUGUAUUUGUCUUGAAGAAUUGUACAAAUCUUUUGAGUUUUCCUAGCGAUAUCCAUGGUUUGAAGUCUCUCAAGAUUCUUAAUCUCUGUGGCUGCUUAAAAAUAGACAAGCUGCCUCAAAACAUAGAGGUAGCUAAAUGUUUGGAAGAACUAGAUAUAAGUAGGACGGCAAUAAGACAAAUACCGUCCUCCAUAGUACAAUUGAAAAAGCUCGAAAAAUUCUCUCUUCAUGGAUGUAAAGGACAAGUACCCCAAACCUGGUUCACUUUCUUCUUGUCAUUGUUGUUACCGAACAGAAAUCCAGAUUCCAUGUGUUUGUUGUUGCCACCUCUCUCAGGUUUAAUUAAUCUGAAAGUUUUAGAUCUUAGUGAUUGUAAUCUUUUGCAUGGAGCGAUCCCCAAUGAUAUUGGCUCCUUAUGCUCAUUGGAAGAACUAAAUUUAAGCGGAAACAAUUUUGAUACCUUACCUCCAAGCAUCAAUCAACUUAUGAAACUUAAAAUUCUUUGCUUGGAAAGAUGCAAGAAGCUUCAGUCAUUGCCAGAGCUGCCACCAGAAAUAGUUUUUCUUGGAGCAGAGGAUUGUACUUCACUUGAAAGACUAUCGCUACCAGAACAAAGCACUUCCUCAGAUAUUGCACUGCAUUUUUUUAAUUGCUUCAAACUGGUUGAGUAUUACGGCAGCAACUUGGCAGUUAUGAUGCUGAAACUUUGGCUCCAGAAACUCUCUCAUGAAGCUUCUCAAUUUCAUACUCGUCUUCCGGGAAGUAAAAUUCCAAGGUGGUUCAAUCAUAGGAGUAAUACUCCUUCAAUAGAAAUCGGAUUGCCUCCAUAUUGGUUCAAUGAUGAACUCAUGGGAUUUGCAUUGGCCGUAGUAUUUGAUAUCCGUGAUCAUUCGGAUGAACAAGUGGUCAUUGAAUGUUGGAUAAGGUUGCAGAAAGCCUCUUUUCUUUUCAACUUUGCGAUCCCCAGUUUCACAGCCGUUGAAUCUGAUCAUCUUUGGCUGUGCUUUUUGUCACGUGAGGCAUUUGAAAGAGAAUAUGACAGAGCUUUGGUAAGUAAUUGUACAUAUGUUCAUGCUAAUUUUAGUGUUAAAAGUGGCAGGAAUACUAUUUUGAAAAGCUGUGGGAUUCAUCUACUGUACAAAGAAGACUUGGAAUAUUUGGAUCUUCAUCAUUUGGAGGAACUACCCCAGCGAAACUAUGAUGAAGACUACGAACUCGACCAAACCUGUGAUGAAGACUCCGAGCAUGAGCGACACUAUGAUGAAGACUCUGAUUUUGAAGAGGAACUUAGCCACUUGCCUCUUAAAGUACAGCUGCUUCCAGAAACUUUGGCACUUGAGGAGGACAUAGUUAUGGAAUAUGUCACAGAUUCGAUGGUUUUCUUUCCUUCAUAAGCAAACGGGAUAAAAGACAAUGAUGGUCGUGCUAACAUAGUUCACAAGUUCAUCGACAAUCCGUAGGAACACUGAGCAGAUAUCUACUUUCUUUUAAUUAGAAGAUUAUGAUGUGGAAGGCAAUGAUACACUCUGCCUCAGGGAGCCUUAAUUAGAAGACUAUGCUUGAUCUUGAAUGAUAAUUUCUGAAGUUAUUUGUGGUAAGAGAAGUCGGCCUAAUGGUUGGAUUCUACAGUUGAAAUUUAUUGAAGAUUUCCACUACGACUUUAUGGAAUUUUUCUAGGUGGUGUUGGUGGUUAAAUAUUGAAAUUUUGACUGUUGCAGAGUUAGGGAAUGUUUGUGAAAUUGUGUUGAAAUAAGCAUCAAAUAGUUCAUGUUACUGAUGUGGAGACUAGAAGGAAGCUGUGAUUUGAGAGGUGCACUUUUUCUUCGAAAGUCUUUUCUCUGCAGCUAAUUUUCUUUUUCUAUGUUGAUUUUUUAACUGUCUUCAUAUCUAACAGUGGCCUAAAUACUUUAGACAUUGAGCAGCUAUUGAAGUUUUUCUCAAAAUUGAGUCAGUUGUGUUCGCUAGACAGGUGCUUUUCUUAAAUAAGGAUUCUUGUUUCU